AUGUCCGACCAAGUAGCAGAGCCUGUCGCGCCCGUCGCCGACCUUCCCUCCGGGGAGCCCAUCCCCCCUCCCUCGGCCGCCGCCGCCCUCGAGCCCAUCACCUCCAUCGACGAAAAGAAGCCCCAGCCAUCCCCAGCGGCGCUGACCAAGGCCCUCCACGCCUCCGAUGCCUUCCUCGCCCGGCUCAAUAAGUGUCUGUCCACGCCCACCGGCAUCGACACCGUCCUCCUCCUCCUCUGCUACACCUCCAAGUUCUCCGCCUCCAUCUUGGGUGUCCUCUCGCGCUCCAUCCUCCAGCGCUCCUUGCGCGAGUGGCUCGCCGUCAUCGCCGGCUCCGUGCCCCAGGGCGCCACCACCGCGGUGGUCGUAGACUCCAAGACCGCAGCGGCCGUCGCCCCCGCCGCCGCCCGCGCCCUCGUCCACGCCAAGCGCCUCAACGCCCUCUCCACCCUGCUGUCCGAGGCCCGCACCAUGACCCGUCUCUGGGCCUUGGUAGGCAUCUCCCUACGGUCACGGGAAACGACCAUCUCCCUCUUGCAGUUUUCCCUCUGCGUCGCGCUGCAGAUCCUCGAGAACGGCGCCUACCUGUCGUCCAAGGGCGUGCUGGGCUGGCAACCCGCGCGCAUCGGCAAGGCCUACCUGUGGAGCGCAAGGCUCUGGGCCGCGUACGUGGGCAUUGAGAUCGGACGGCUCCUGGCGCUGGAGCCCAAGGAGAAGAGGAAGGAGGAUAGCUGGAGGGGUAACCUGACGAAGAACUUGGCGUGGGCGCCGUUGACGGUGCAUUGGAGUAGCGAGAAGGGGCUGGUGAGCGAGAUGGUGGUGGGCUUGUUGGGAAGUAUUCCUGGCUUGGUACAGAUGAGGGAGUUGUGGGCUUCUACUGCUUGA